AUGGGACUUUUCCAAGAGUUCAGCGAGUCCACCAGCAUGCAUGGCCUUCAGCGUGCCGUGUCCAGUGAGAGCAAAUGGAAGCGCCCCUUGUGGGCAGCGCUAGUCCUGGCAGGGGCGUGUCUAGCUACAUUCAACCUUAGCAAGACGAUAAAGGACUUUCUCCACAACCCAACGACCACGGAGACCAGCGUACAUUACAGCCCCGACAUGGAGUUCCCAGUUGUCACUAUAUGUAACCUCAACCCUUUUUCUUAUGGCAAGUUAACUGGUGAAAUGGAUUUCAUGGCUGUGAUAAAAAACUUGGUUGAGAAUGGCUUUACGGAGGAGGACGACAUUUUCGAAUACAUGGCGCAGUUUCAGAGGUCGCGCGACGUAGCCAUCACGUACUCGCUGAAAGAUUUACUUAUAGAGUGUCAGUUCGAUAUGAUGCCCUGCAGCGCUGACGAUUUUCUGACAGUUCCCAACUACAAAUAUGGCGAUUGUUUUGUUUUUAAUAAACAAAUACCAGAAAACUUCACUCAUUCAAACCCAAGGUACACUACAAAACCUGGUCCGGACAACGGCCUCAUCAUGAAGUUAGAUGUACAGCAAAUGCAGUACUUGUACACCACGGAGGACGCAGGGUUCAAAAUCGUCGUUCACUCACAAGACACCACCGCCUUUCCCGAGGACGAGGGCUUCCUGGUGAUGCCAGGCACCAGGACCAACGUUGGCCUCAAGAGGACGGAGAUGAGUAGAGCUCCACCCCCGUACAGCACAUGCAUAGGGCUAGCAGAUGAGUACAAUGUCGACAUGAAUGUCUACUCAUUAACUGACGGGACCCGCUACUCGGGAGAGGCCUGCCGGAAAACGUGCUACAUACGAGAGGUGGUCCGCCAAUGCGGUUGCUGUGAUAUACUUUUCGUAUGUCCUUCAGAAAUAUACAACACCUACGAGGUCAACGAAACCAACCCGUACUGUAACGCCACAAACACUGACCAAUUUUUCUGUAAGAAGCGUGUCCUCAAUGCGUUUGAAAAAGGAGAGCUGGACUGCCUGGGCCGUUGUUUGCCUCCUUGCGAGGAGGUCGUCUACGAUGUGGCUCUUUCUACAGCUCUCUGGCCCAGCGAAAACUGGGUCUUUGUACCCCCUGGAACUUCAAUGCAAGACGCCAAGAAUAUAAUUAAUUAUUAUAGGGAGAAUAUGCUUCGGGUUGCCAUCUACUUCGAGGACCUGACGGAGAAGCAUGUGGAAUCUCGGCCGUCCUACGACUGGAACCGAGUCCUCUCGGACAUUGGCGGUCAGCUGGGGCUCUGGCUGGGCUUCUCUAUCCUGACGGCCAUGGAGUGGCUGGAACUGGCCUAUGACGCCGGGAUCAGGGCGGGCACCCGGAAGUCUCAGGGCGCCCAAGCUGCCAAGGUGCACGUGCAGCAACAAGGACAAUAA